AAAACAAAUGGAGCUUGGAGGCGUGUUCGGAAUACGUGGUCCGCACAAAGGAAGUCGGUGUCACACGGAAAAUGCGGGAAAAUUACCCCAAUUAUUGGGUAAAUCUUUUAUUUGCCUUUAUUCAGAGGAUGGAAUAGGUUAUUUAGUGAUUUCGAAGCCUAUUAUUAACAGUAUGAUAUACUUGAAAAUAGUGACAUAGUGAUUUUUAUCGAUACAUUUAGUUCCAUCAAUACGUUUCGGAUUCAAAAACACGAUUCUUAUUUCGGAACGUCUCCAGAUUUAUUACAAAUAGAAAGGAACGGCAAUGAUUUUCUAGUUAGAGCAACACAGCGCUGAAUGAGAAACGCCGGGAAUAGGGGAGCCGGGCCAAAGCCCAAACCUACUUCAGUCGGUCGCGGGAGCUCGAUCCGCGCAGUCGAGGCCAAACAAACUAAUUGAAAAAUUCGGUAAAAUCGAAUUAAAGGCGAAUACAAGAAAAAAAAACCCUAACCACACAAAUUUCUCUCACCUCACUACGAAUUGAAGUUUCUAAUGUGCCGGUCUUAAAGAUUUAUUCGGGGUGUUCCAUUUUAAAAAUGGAACUAGGUUGUGAGUGCACAGGAUCGGGUAGCGAAUGAGGGAUAAUAUUAAAAAUAGGCUGUUUGCACGCUGUAAGGGUCAGAUUUGAAAAUUAAAAGAAGUGCCAAGAUGAGUGGCCCGUGCCACCAAUCUAUGUGACGACUGGAACUGACUGUUCGCUAUAGACACGUGCGCGUGUGACGGUGACUUGCAUACAAAAUUCCCCCGAAGAAAACCGUUACGAUGGCCGAUCCCGACGCUUUUGAUGACGAGAAGCUGGUUGUGGGUGGUCCGAACCAGCGCAACUGGCGCGGCAUCCUGAUCGCAUUACUGGUCAUCGUGGCUGUCCUCGCCCUCAUAGUCACUUCCGUGGUGCUUCUGACUCCUCCUGACGAAGGCCCGAGGGUCAAAGGCAGGAGGUUCCGCAUCCAAGACUUACUCAACAAUGAAUUGGAACCGAUCAGAUGGAACGGGACGUGGAUAUCGGGUGACGAGUUUUUGUACCGCGACGCAUGGGGCGGUAUCAGUUUGAUGUUCGCAGCCAAUCAGACCUCGAAGACGCUGAUGCCAAAUUCAACAUUUAGGGUACUAGAACCGGCAACAUUCACCGUAUCCGCUGACAGACGGUUCCUGCUACUCGCUCAGAAUAUUCGAAAACUCCAUCGACACUCCUACAUCGCUAGAUACACUGUCUACGACAUACUGACCACUGAAGCCUAUCCCCUCACGCCGCUGCCGGAUGAAGUAGGAGGUGUCAUCACCGAGGGCCCCGCGCUUCUCUUAGCCGCGUGGACUCCUAAGGGUCACGGGCUGAUCACCGUGAAAGACUACGAUAUAUACUACCGCCCGGCGCCGAGAUCUUCCACUGGGUAUCGGGUUACGGACACCGGCGUACCCGGUACCAUUCACAACGGUGUACCCGAUUGGCUGUACGAAGAAGAAAUUUUGGACAGUCGAACAGCACUGUGGAUGUCUGCUGAUGGCCACAUGGUAUUGUAUGCAACCUUCAACGACAGCCUCGUUCAUGAGCAGAAGUUCCCCUGGUACGGCGCCGCGCUGGACACGGAUGACCCUGAAAAGACAUAUCCAGAAAUUAAGAGCGUGAGAUACCCGAAGCCGGGUACCAACAACCCAACAUUUACUUUAACAGUGGCGGAUAUCGCAGACCCUAAACAUAUAAGGACCAGACAUUUGACGCCACCCAAAGUUAUACUAGAACAAGGAGAUUACUACUUCACAAGCGCGCAAUGGGUGUCGUUGACUGAGGUAUGCGUUGUUUGGCUCACGAGGGUCCAGAAUCUGUCUGUCGUAUCAGUUUGCAAGAUCCCGAUGUGGUUCUGUCAAGAGGUAUACCGAAUAUCGUCAAGCAACGAAGGCUGGGUCGAAUCCGCACCGGCGCCAUUGUGGUCUGCAGGAGGAGGCGCACUGGUAACGCUUGCCCCAGUAAGAGACGGCCCGGCUGGUCUCUUCAGACACAUCGUGAGGACUGAACACAAUUCACACGGACCAAGGGCGUUACCUCUGACUCAUGGUAGCUUCGACGUCGUGAAAUUAUUAGCGUGGGAUCAUGCGAACCAGCACAUAUAUUACCUCGGCAUACCAGAAGGCAAACCAGGGCAACAGCAUUUAUACAGGGUAUCGUCUGAAGCGCCCAGACCAGGCUCACCGCAAAAACUGCCUUACUGCGUCACUUGCAAUUCACAGCCUUCUCCGUCAAUAAGUUUGGAGUAUUACGGUAAUUUGGCGUCAUCAGGAGAAAGUAAUUGGGACAACGAUUGGGACGAAGAGCUGCCAACCACUUCACCUUCGCCCACUAAAAAGAAGAAAAGGCGACAUCCAGAGGGUGUGCCGCAGAACUUGCCUUGUUUGUAUCACGAGGCACACUUCAGUCCAACGGCGGCGUAUUUCGUGCUGGAGUGCCUCGGUCCCGGCGUUCCGACGUCAAGCCUCCACAAGACCGCGCUUCCGGAACCAAGACUAGUCAUGCACUUGGAAAACAAUACGGUUGUGAAGGAGCGACUGUCGUUGAUAGCGCUGCCCACACCGAGAACGUUCUCGGUUCAUUUGUCCAGCGGACACCAAGCCCGGGUACGCCUGCUUCUACCACCGGGUCUUAGAGAAGACGAAGUUACCAAGUACCCUCUGGUGUUAAAAGUGCACGGAGCUCCAGGUAGCCAGCUUGUGACAGAGCGCUGGGCUGUUGACUGGGGGUCAUUGGCCGCUGGUGCCGGGGCCAUUGUGGCUACGGUUGACGCCAGAGGGGCUGGCGGCAGAGGCUUAGGAGCUCACCAUGCUCUGCAUAGAAGACUGGGGACCGUAGAGUUGCAAGAUCAACUGGAAGUGGCCGAGUAUCUUCGUGACUCCCUGCACUUCAUAGACGCGCGCCGUGUGGCGGUGUGGGGGCGGUCGCAUGGCGGUUUCCUGGCGACAAUGGCGCUCGCGAGCACGCCCAGCGUCUUCCACUGCGGCAUCGCAGUCACGCCUAUCGUGCGCUGGCGUUACUACGCGUCAGCAUACGCUGAGCGUUAUAUGGGCUUUCCAAACGCAACGGGCAACUACAGAGGCUACGCUGAAGCUGACGUCACCAAGCAAGCGGCGGCCUUACACGACAAGAUGCUGCUGCUAGUACACGGCACAGCAGACGACAGUGUCCAUAUACAGCAGACUAUGGCAUUGGCAAGGUCAUUGGCUGAACAAGGCAGCAUGUUCCGGCAGCAGAUUUACCCGGAUGAAGGUCACAGCUUGGAAGGCGUGAAACAUCACUUAUACCGCACGAUGUCUUCGUUCCUCGACGACUGCUUCAGGAAGCAGGUUCCUCCCGAGACCAAGGCGGGACUCAGGAACGGCGGAAACCUUGACUGAGAUACGUGGAAAGACGAGGAGUUGUGCUCUUGGUAAAAAUCACACCGUCGUCAGAAACAGAGUUUUGGUAGUUUAAAUAAAAAAAAGGGGAGAGGUAAUAAUUCAUUGAUCUUCACGAGAUUAUAACGGAAUCAAUGAAAAUGAUUUGAAAAAUUUGAACAGUUUAGUCUCGUGUCUAAUUCCGUUUUGGAUUUUAUCUAAUAAAGUUUCUAAAACUAUCAAAUAGUACAAUGUUUUGCCAUAUCUUUGAACGAAAAAAACCUUCUAACUUUAUGCAUGUAUGUACAUAGCACAAAAUUUUGUCUUAUAUAUCAAACUUGAUUGCACCUUUUAAAGUAUUUAGGAAUGAUUAAUAUACAACUAAUGUCUUCAUUUUAAUACCUACUAGUCUUCUUUUAAUAUUCAAUACAUUAUUAACUAGUCGAAGAUAUGUAUAAUUAUUUAAAGUUGAGACUUACAAACAUAUAGGUUAAAUAAGAAUCGUACAAGAACAAAACUAAAGUGGAAUUUCCACUAAAGUGAUCUAAAAUGUCAAAUCGCUCAACGAUAUGCUUAAGUCAAAAUUAAUAAUAUAACAAAGUUAGAGCUAAGACCUAUAGAUGAUAUAGUAUUAUAAACUAAGUAUAAAAUAUUUGGAAGUGCUUUCCAUUAUCUAUCUCCCUCAUACUAUCGAAUUUAAGCGAGAUGGAUAAUAAAGUGGUGUCAAAAUAUAAAUCGAAAUCGAAGUCCACCUGCGGUUUUGGAUCCUUGAAAAAGGCUUUAGAGAUGAGAGAAAAAAUCUAUGUUGAAAAAAUGUGUGAUAACGUUAUCUCGCAACGCUAUUUUUAAUUUUCGCACUAUCAUCAUACUGUCUGUAUCUGUUAAAGUCAAAAUGCACAGCUUACUUAAAUUCUAAAGAUAAAUAAAGAAAUGAACUUGAUAGAGAGCUCUUGGGCUACCCAAUGGCGGCGGCGAUUUUACCUGAAACCGUAAUUAACUCUAAUAUUCUUCGAUAAAUUUUUGAGCGAAAAUAGAAUAUUUUUCAAACGUACUAUUUUCGGGUUCCAUACAUACCAAACGAGGUCAUGCAGACGGUGAUUCGACGCAAGCACAAGCUGCUUAAACAUGGUGGGCCAAAAGAAAUCACCCUAUUGGAAGAUGCUCUUAUUUUUGCAAAUGGCCGCCAAUGUCAACAAGCUCGAGACCCUCAAGAACAACAUUCGACACGAAUGAGAGAAUCUGUCACCCGAAGUUUUUUCUUUUUUUUUUUUAUUGCUUAGAUGUGUGGACGAGCUCACAGCCCACCUGGUGUUAAGUGGUUACUGGAGCCCAUAGACAUCUACAACGUAAAUGCGCCACACACCUUGAGAUAUAGUUCUAAGGUCUCAGUAUAGUCACAACGGCUGCCCCACCCUUCAAACCGAAACGCAUUACUGCUUCACGGCAGAAAUAGGCGGGGCGGUGGUACCUACCCGUGCGGACUCACAAGAGGUCCUACCACCAGUAAAAGUUCAGUUCUUGCCGAAGUGAUGAAAAAUGCUAUAAAACGAGCCCGUAAAGCAAUCAAUUGUGACGGCGCCCAUUUAGCCGAUAUCAUCUUCUCGACUUGACCAAUAAAAUUCUAAAGGUUCAAAUAAAGAUAAUCAAAAAACAGAAUCGAAGUUUUUCAUUUAGAAAAAAAAAAAGAGAGCCAAACAACAUCGGAUGACUUCCUUUGGCCCACCUUGUACAAACGCAAAAAUAGCUUUGGUAAGUAAUCUAUAUUAGCAACUUCUUAUAGAGAUGCUCUAGAGUAAAACAAAUGAUACUUUAGUGUCGUUAAAACGAAAAAUUAACGUAAUAUAAAUUUAUAACACUAAACAAUCAAAAUUAGUAAAAGAUGCUCAACAAAAAAUUACUUUUCCAAUAAAUGCUAAUUUUAAAUAACGUUAACGCUACUCUGCUUUUUAAUCGACACGUUGAGAUCAAAAAUGGAAAAAUAAAAUCAGUAUUAAUAAAAACUUCAGAGGUGUCAAGGGACACCCGGAUGGAACGAAGUUCCUUUCGAUUAAUUAGUGAAGGAAUUGUAAUUUUUUUUUUAAAUUAUAAUAAUAAAUUACGGCAUUAUGAAGAAGAAAAAAACAAUACUAUGAACUAAAUUACUAUUGUUGAAACGCUAUCUCGAGAAACUGUACUCAUUACGCGGACCAAUCGGAUACGAGCAAUGUCACGCGAUAAGCGCCUACACGUUGAUUGGUCAGAAUGACGUAUCUAAAAAGUGUCGUGACAACUUUUCGUAAGAAUUUUUUCCGUCUAGCCCCCUUUCACAACGCGCGAUAAGGAACUUCGUUCCAAUAAAAAUUAAGUAGUUAGUAUUUAAAACAUUCUCUCGUAUUGUGAGGCUGACAGUACCAAUAGGUUACUAGUUACUACCAUCUUAGUGAAAAAUGAUGGAAUUGAUAGUGCUGUAGUCACUUUGUGAUCUUAUUAGUAAAUUUAUAACUAGAUUAUAAAAUAAAUAAUAAGUGGGCGAAUCAGCGGCUCCAUUCUUUGUGAAAUCGAUAAUGGCUAGGGCGCUCACUCGUCAUAUAUUUGGCGGAAAAAAAAAUUCAACUUAUUAAUGUAGGUAGGAUAAACUUUCAAAUAGUUGCGGACGUUCUCUGAGGGCCAAAGUUGAAUUUCGUUUUGUCUAAGUUCACUUUGGGAGGUGCACGUUUUUUAUACACGCAAAAAUAUCGCUAUGCUUGUCACUAUAGAUGAAUCCCAUUUUACAGCAUUUACUAAAAAGCUCGCCGACAAUUUUCGUUAAAUAAAAUAUAAAUACAUCAUUUAUAGGGUCACAGUAUUAAAAACGUUUAAUUAAUUAAUUUCUAAAUAGUUUCUUUCAAUUAUUAGCUUAAUGGGAUUGAAAUUAGAGCACAAUUUAAAAGGUAAACGGUAAUUUCUAAACGAGAAAUAAUUUUACAAAAUAAUUAGAAUUAUUUCAAUUUUUGGUUAGUAUAGUACUAGUUAUUUUAAAGGCGUUUUCCAGUAACAUAAAUCACCUUUGAAUAUAAAUUUAUACAUAAAAGGCCAAAUUAUAUGGUACAGUUUUGCUCUCAAAAGCUAUCGGUACCUUUCAGAUUUACGUAGAUAAGAAAAAAUUCUGGUAAAGCACGAUUAAAACUUAAUCAGUAUUUUUAACUUUUAGGUAAAAAUUGCUCAUUUUCAUGACAUUAAAACAAAAAGGUAUGUCUUCAAAUCAUUAUUUAAAUUGUAUAAUAAAAACUCUAUUUAGCAAUUAAUAAAAUAAAAUUUUAUUAAAGACCAAUAGCUCGUUAAAUAUUUAAUAAACCAAUAAUAAAAUAAAAAAAAACUUUUAACUUAGUAAAAAUUCUUUGAAUUUAGUAAAAUUUAGAUCAUUAGUCUUUAGGGGUUUCUAAAUUGUAACUUUUUUUUUAGUAAAAUUACAUAUAGUGUAAUCAUUUUAAAAAUAAGCACCAUUCCGUGUAGCACGAAUAUUAAUGCUUUUUUUCUCGAAAUCACUUAAAAUAAUGUAGAUUUAUUUACAAUAAUAAUAAAGUAAUUAACAAGAAAACCUAAGUGCCAAACAAGCCUUUUUCGGCAUUAGCAAAUAGUGUUUUAAUUGGAAUCACGAAAUAAACCGAGCGAAGGGGUGUUUGUGAUGGGUUUUUUUGUUGAAUUAAAUUACUUUUAAGCGGAAAGGAGUAUUUUUGUUAGGAUUUUGACAUAGCGAAUGAUUUUGUAAUUUGUUAACUAAUGAUAAAUCGAUUGAAAAUUUUAAUGAAAUGUUUUUUUUUUCCUUUGCUUAAUUCGUAGAAAGCAUUUAAUUCAACAUAUUUCGCAUUUGCGGUUUAUCGAAUUAGCUAAAAUUAACAUUAUUACCUUAAUUAGAAUAAAAAACGCUUAUCGUUAAUAUAAAUCGAAUAUUCACUUCCUGUUUAAAUAUAAUCUACAAUACUAUCAAACUGAAACUACAUUAGGGACACACGGACCACACCUUUUAAGCCUCGCCAUAUUAAAACGGUAUGAAAUCAAUUUAUCUGUAAAUUUAAUUGACUGCUGUCAAAUAAAAUGAAUGUGCCUGUCGUAAAAAGAUUGUUGUUUUGAGCCACGUAAUAGAAAACAGAGAGUGAGAUCGUACUACGAGUAUAUUGUAUUUUUAGUAUAUGUAAUAAUAAGAUAGAAGAUCGGAAACCUAAAUCGCGCUAAUGACGUUUUCAUGACAAAUUUGCAACACAAGCUCCUAAUUAACACAGCGUCCUCAAUGUCACGAGAUUAUAGGGAAAAAAGAUGGAAAGAUCUUCCACGGAGCAAGUAAUAAUGCUUCGUGGAUGGAAUAUUUCGAAAAAAAUUGGAUUAGCGCGAUUAAGAUUUUGUUGUACUUAUUCUUGCCUAUGAUAGGUGAUAAAUAACGGUGGCUGAAUUCAUGCAAUUUUAUUCUCCCUAAUAAUUAGCGAUAUGGACGCUAUGUGUUGGAUCCUGUUAGUAUUACAGCUAUACAUAUCGGAGACGUGCCAAAAUGUAUGACUAAUGUAGUUUCAGGUUUAAUUUCUAAUGUAAAUAAAUAUCUUUUAAAUGAGAUCGUAGGUAGUGAAUUAAUAACGCACAGAUUGUGAUUUUUGCCUUAUCAAUGUUCUCGGUGAAAUAUUCGUUCCAAUUAUCUUUGCAUUGCUAAUAUAAUAGUAGUAUUGUAAUUAUUAUUGAUUUUUAUAUACGACUAGCGACCCGCCCUCGCUUCGCUUCGGAAACAUUAAAACAUAUAUGAAACAAAAAAACAAAAAAAAAAAGUAGCCUAUGUUCAUCAGGGACAAUGUCGGCUUCUAAUGGAAAAAGAAUUUUUCAAAUCGGUCCAGUAGUUUCGGAGCCUAUUCGAAACAAACAAACAAACAAAUCUUUCCUCUUUAUAAUAUUAGUAUAGAUAUAGAUUGAAUUGUGAAUUAUCAACCAUCAUAUUUUUAAGACCGCCAAAAACAUGUUAUCUAAGUCACGCUUUUUCAUAGGAACUCAUGUUUUCGCCCCUCUUUGAAAUGGGACUUGUGAAUAAACCUACAUAAAAAGCUUUUGUUGCUAUUUGAUCCUAAAAAAAAUCGUUGUUAUUAUUAUUAGCUUACCUAAAUAUACUAAUCUCCAACAAAUUGUAUGUCUUCCAAUUAUAAAAUGAACAUAAAUAAAAAGAAUUAUUGGCAAUGCAAAGAUGAGACCAAGUUGUGGCUAUAAUGCCUCUAUGUGAUUAGAUGUUAUUCAUUUGUUGUAAUUCUCGUCUAGUUCUAAGAUUGUGUAACCUCUUUCUUUAAGAAUAAGAUUCAAAAUGGCGACUCGUGGUUGCAGUUGACAGUGAUUUAACUGACAAAUGAUAACUAUCCGUUUUCGUGUUACGCUAAACGCUAAAUCAAUAGAGCUUCUGUCAAAAAUAUUAGGCACAAGGAAAUCGGUUAUUUUGAUUAUGCUUUUUUUUUUUGUCUCAAUUUUCUUUAUGGCAUUUGCCUUUGAAGGUAUCAGCAAAACAUUUCCUCGCUGAUUUUCUCGCCGGAUCUUCUCAGCGGGUCGCGAUUCCGAUCCGGUAGUAGAUUUAUUCGCGAAGCAGUUGCUCUUGAGUUGUUAGGUCUCCUUUGAAGGCGCUCGGGCAGCUGUUAGCAAAUCCCACCCCUCUUGGCUGAGCCUUUGCUCGCCCACCUAUCCUGGUGAAACUGGAAAGGCCUCCGGGCCAACAGUAAUCCUUCAAUCCUUAAAACAAAAAAAAAAACAUUUAGUUACAUACGCUUAUUUCUUUCGGUAGUCCAUUACCAUAAAAUAGCACCAUACGUCGUAUUUCCCUCGCUUCACAAUCAUAUAAGUCUUCAGCCCCACGAAUUAACGCAAGCGUGUCUGGAUGUUUUAGACAUCCGAAGAUAAGUUUUAAAUUUCUAUGUAAACAAAUAAUUUGAUAUUCUACUUAUAUUAAAAAUCAUUCAAACCUGCCCGAAUCAAGCAUAAAAUACAACUCUGACUAAAAUAGAAUAGAACUACUAAGACUAAGACAGAAGAUAGAACAAUACCCAUAGAUUAUAAUCGAAAACGACAUAUCGGCCGCUUCUCUUCCGUUUUCAAAAACGGGAGUUUCAUUAAUGUUUAAAAAAAAAGUAUCUAGUCUCACCUGAACCUGUCCGUUUGAGUUUGAUUUUCUUAAAAUAGGCAGGUACAUAAGAUUAAAUAGUACACGAUGAAAACAAUGCUUUGCAAAUAAUUAUGUAAAAACACGACCGGCUUUCCCACCAUAGUUUUUUUGCGAUUUCGCGGCAGAAAUAGGCGUGACGGUAGUCCCUUCCUCGGAAUACGCCAAUCCUUCAACGCCUCGUCAAUAUGUCAAUUAUAAAACUUAUAGUCGAACCGUCGCCAUUUUGAAUCUAAAACGUCAAGCAAGCGAUUUGUGUUUAUUAAUUAACACGUUCUAAGUAAUUUCAUUUUGAUUUUGGUGAUUUAAUUUCAUUUUUAUUUUCGUUUGAAACGUUUAAGAUUAUGUCACAUUUCUAUUUCAUGUUUAUUUAUGGUCUGAUCCACACAGCUACCUCCACAGAAAGUUCACGCGAUUUGUUAGGAAUCUUUUGUGAAUUUUGGAAUUUAAAUUGAAUUGUUCAAUAUAAUCCAUUGUAAUUCAGAGGAGUUAACUCUAAAUUACACAGCCAGUCAGGAAUUAAUAAAAAAUACUAAUUUAAAUUAAAUUUAAAUUAUUAGUUUAAAAAAUAGAAACGGUGAGAGUUUAGUAUUGUUUUUGUAAAAAGAUAAUAGUGAAUUCUCACAUAUUUCUAUUUAUUCUAUCACUGUUUUUCAUACGCAUCAUUUUCUUGGAGACUGCGUGACUGGCUUGUCAUCUCAAAUCCUUAAAUUGACGUUUCUUUCUUUAUUGUUUUUUUUUUCUUAAACAUACAAACAAAAUAGUUUUUAAAUACCAACAUGAUACCUAUCUAUGAACAUGUAAUAUAUGUUUUGUAUUUGCCCAUCCCAAUUUUAAAAUCACUUGUAAAUAGAUACGUAUUCUGUACACAGUUUUGAUCUAUUACGGAGACCUACUUGCUUAGUUUGAGGCUAUGCAGGUAAAAAAUGUUAGUAAUCAAUAUUAAUGGCAGCGCGACAUUAAAAUUAUUUUAAUUUUUAUUUCUGAGACAACAUUGUCGCGGCAAUAUGUGAAUUAAGAUGAAGACGUCUUUAAAAGUUAGUAGAUUAAAGCUAAUUGCAUUCUUAAAUAAACUUUUCUGAAAUUAAAUUUAAUUAAGUUUUUUAAUUUUUAUUUAAAUUUAAUUAUAUUAAAUUAUUAUCGAAGAGCAGCACUUAACGUUACAAAAUAAAUAAUAAACAAAACCAAUGACUUGUUUUUUUUAAUGUUCCGCUGCCACCACCAAUUUAAUAAUAUCUAAUUUCUAAAUAAAUUGUUAUUGCUUCAGAUUUUAUUUACUAUCUCGUUAACUUCAUCCUCGAUACACCAUGUAUUGUGAGAUCAAUAAAUAGAUAUCAUUAAAACUG